AUGGAUUCUGCUGGCAGUGGUGUGGCGUCAUCAGGUUCAUUACGCACAAAAAUAUCACUAAAGGGUAGAUAUUCGCAGCUGUCGUUAGUGUGUCCUUUUCAUUUAAUGAAACCCGAAUUGCCACAGCAAAGCGUUUUACUUGGCAGUAACGAUUUAUUAGCGGAAUAUGAUAUGAGCUCAUCUUAUCAACGGUUUUGUGGCUCAAAACGAUUACGUGAGGAUCUUAGCUCCUUUCUCCCGCAUCUUGUUGGCAAUUUCAAUUUUGAAAAUGCUUUGGAAUUCAGUUCGCUGCGAAUGUUGGUAGAAAAACCACCGAUCACCGGAAAAGAGGUUACCAGUCUUUCUGCGAGCGCAAUGGCGGGAUUUAGGCUCACACCAGGUGCCGUCCCGGAACCCUACAGAUAUUUUGAUAAUAAAGUAGAUGAUGUUAGCGGUGGUGCAAUAAAUUAUGACGAAAAUGGUGAAGAAACAAAGCAUAAAAGGAAAUAUAAAUGGAGCUUGGAUGAUCUUGAUGAUAUUGAUUCGGACCGAAAGUACAGGAAGCAUCGCAGCGAGGAUAAAGAUAGGAAGAAAGAAAAAAAGAAAAAAAAGGAUAAAAAACGAAAGGUAAAUAUUUGGACUACUUGGAUUUGA